UAAACUGCACGCGAGCGGCGCUACGUCAGUGAAAUCCAGACAUCGACCAAGGACGAACGCGUCGCGCAUAUUUGUAAACAAGCGAUAAAAACACUUAAAUAAAAAUGUCUUUGCUACCGUUUCUGUUGGAGUACGAGAUGGAGCGCCCCCGGCGGCUAGUGGACCAGCAUUUUGGCCUGGGGUUGUCUCCGGAGGACAUUCUGACUGCUCUGGCUGGACCCGGCGCUUUGGCCUCGCGGGAUUACUACCGGCCUUGGCGGCACCUCGCAUCCGCAGCCCGCGACUUCGGAUCCAACAUCAAGAACGACAAAGAUAAGUUUCAAGUUAAUUUGGACGUGCAGCACUUCACCCCAGAGGAGAUCAGUGUCAAAACCGCCGACGGCUACAUCGUGGUGGAAGCUAAGCACGAGGAGAAGAAGGACCAGCACGGCUACAUCUCGCGGCAGUUCACGCGGCGGUAUGCUCUCCCUGAGGGUUGUACUCCGGAGACUGUCGAGUCCCGGCUGUCCUCUGAUGGUGUGCUGACGGUGACCGCGCCCAGGAAGGUGCCUCCUGCUGUGCAGGGCGAGCGUAGUGUGCCCAUCACCCAGACUGGACCAGUGAGGAAGGAAGUAAAGGACCAGGCUAACGGUGAUAAGGAAAAUUAAUUAGUGUUUGUGAAUAGUACUUGAUUUGUUUGUUCAUUCCAUUGAAGAUUCCAUUACACAAUUUUUUAACAAGA